AUGGAGGCAGUAACCGGGGCGCGGCUGUUGGGUGAGGUUGAAGAGGCGAGUCUGGAAGAGAUACUCCACGGCCUGCGUUCAGCACUUGCCUUGAAUCCAACAUUACCAGGCACUCGGCCUCGGCCUCAACCUCAAUCUCAUGUCCAAAAACUCACACAUAUACAACCGCUCGACGAAAUCGCCGCCCGACACUUUCAAGCCACAAAAGCUGCCGGUAUCAGUAUCUCUGGCCGCCAUCUGCCGCUCCUCUACAAGCUGAUAUCCACCCUAAUCGGCCCUCCUCACUUCCACGCCGUCCUUGUCAUCGAUCUUGAGGGUCGCUUUGAUGCUACUCGCCUCACCGGCUCCCCGUCUCACACACGACAUGUUUACGUACAACGGCCGGCUCGAGGCACCCAGGAACAACUGCGAGCUCUAGUAGCCGAAGCCGAGGGUGUCCUGCUAUACGGCGACACAGCGCAGGCCAGCGCCGGGCGCGAGUGGUGGGGUACCGUGGUCGUGGGAGGACAUGGCGCCGGAGACGUCACUGCGAGCUGGAAGGGCUGGCUACGGGUCGAUCGCGAGAACGUCCGCGGCUUUACACUUGGCAUCAGCGCCGAGGAGGCCCUGGAGCAGAGGGGCCAGAGGCAAGGUGUCGUCGAGGCGGCUGGCUGGGCGGCCACUUCGCAGUGGGGAGGAUUCACAUUCAAAGAAGAGGGCGGUGAUGUGAGCGCAAGCCAGGGCGCAGAGACGGCUGAGGGUGACGGGGAGUGA